CGCAGACAGCUCCACUUUCCCCUUGGUCUCCUCUCGACAUGUUUCCCCUGCCGCUUCUCGGUCUGCUUUUUAUCUCAGCCUCGGGAAUCGAGCCACCGGCGGAGAAGAAGAAAGAGAAGGAGAAUGAAGAGGAGCUGGAGUGUCAUGGAGCGGAGAGGAGGAAGAGUAAAUAUGACAUGAUAUUCACCAGAGGAGACCUGCUGGAGGUUCCCAGGACUCUGUUCAUACACUUUGGGAUUUACCUGGGCGGAGGCAGAGUAGCUCAUUUCAUCCCAGACAUCAUGCCCGUCAUCUCCAGUGAUCAGUAUCGGAUCAGACAGAUGGUCUCCAACACCAGACUCUUACUGGGAGUACUGGCUAAGUGUGGCAGUGUGAGGGUGGACUCAGUAGAGGACUUUGCCUAUGGAGCAGACAUACGGGUCAACCCUAUGGACAAGGUAUUAAGCCAUGCAGUGCUGAAAGGGGAGGAGGUGGCCAUAAGGGCAGAGAAGCUGCAGGGAGAAGUGCCCUACAGCCUGCUGUGGUACAACUGUGAACACUUUGUCAUGUACUGCCGAUACGGCACCGUCAUGAGCUUCCAGACAUUUCAGUUCUGUAAGACGAUGAGGAAGCUGCUACUGAGUCAGCGUGUUGCCAAGGCAGCGGCAGUGCUGGCACUGUGUUUGGUGCUUUACCUGCAAGCUGUGAGUCUGUGCUCUGUGCUACUGGCUGUUAUACUGCCUUUCCUCAUCUGGAUGGCCUCAUGAAGAAAAACUGGCCAUUCAAACUUAAAGAAAUUUGCCCCCUGAACAACAAAACAUUCAAAAAGGAAAAUUCAAUAAAAUAUUUAAAGUUCAAUAA